CAUUUUUCUUUCUUUUUUUAUAAAUUGAAUUUAAACAUUAAUAUUUAUUUGAAAUAUUCUUGACAUGUUAUGUGGACUAGGAAAUUCUAAAACUGGUGGUCCACACGGAAAAGGGAUGUCGGCCAGAGUGGACUAUGCGCUGGUGGCAAGGAUAUAUGGAUGGAUGGUCUAUAAAAAAGAUGUGAAUGAAGCUCGCGCCGAACUAACAACAAGAAAAACGUCUCCCAUUUUCGCCACAAUUUUUUAAUUGCCACAAUCUGUUGAGUCCUUUAAAAAAAUAUUACGUUGUAUUAGUUCACAAAACAAUCACACAUAUACUUUUAAAAUCUCCAUCACCAAAAUAACGUGUUAAUUGUCAUCACAAUUUUAAACCAGCACUCUUUUUGUCAUUUCUUGAUAACAUCAACCUCAAAAACUAUUUUGAUCUGCUGGAUAUUUUAUUUUUUUGAUUCAAGCAGUCGGUCAGAUAUUUUAUUCAUAUAUAUUUUGUUUGAAAAUAGAAUAAAAUAACUAAAAAGAAAGUAACAACUAAAUAAGCGACGGAAUAGAUCAAUAAAUAUAAAUUAAAAAGAUGGAACAAGCGUCAAGCAAAGGAUACACAAUACAACAAGCAACGUAAAAGGGAGGAAGAAGAAGAUGACUUAUCGCGAGGAAGACGAUGCAGUUCCUGAACUGCAUCUGAGAGUUGAAGAAGAUGGAGUUGAGAAAUUAGGUCACUAUAUUAAACUUAUUGAAGAAUCAGAGAGAGAAGCAGAGCAGGGAGAGGAACAAGAUUCAUCACCUUCUUCAUCUUCUUCUUGUGGAGGGAAAAGAUCUCUUUGGUUCUGGAUCAAGCUUGCUCUUCUCCUCGCCUUUCUAUCUGGUUUGGCUCUCGCUGCUUACAAAUGGCUCGUUCCUUUAAUCAUGGACAAGGAGCUUAUCCCUAUCAUAAAAUGGGAGAUGAGGACAUUCACACACCCUGUGAUAGGUCUUCUUGUAUUCACAACCGUGGCACUACUCCCUGUAAUACUUUUUCUGUCACUGCCGUCAAUGUGGGUGGCUGGGAUUACAUUUGGUUUUGGAUAUGGCCUUCUCCUCACUUACCCAGCUAUAGCUAUCGGUGUAUCUCUUCCUUACUUCAUCAGCUAUCUCUUCUGCGACAAAAUCCAAGGUUGGUUAGAAAGAUAUCCGGACCAAGCUGCCAUGCUGAGAGCUGCUGGUGGAGGCACUUGGUUUCACCAGUUUCGAGCAGUUACAUUAAUCCGGAUUUCACCAUUCCCUUACGUUAUUUAUAACUAUUGCGCUGUUGCGACUGGCGUGCAGUACGGUCCUUACAUGGCUGGUUCUCUCUUGGGAAUGGUGCCAGAGAACUUUGUAGCUAUUUAUACAGGGACACUCAUAAGGAAAUUGGCAGAUGCAUCCACCGAGGAAGAGAAGGGGAUGUCGGUUCUUCAGAUUGUUCUCAACAUUCUUGGGUUUGUAGCUACUGUGUUGACAACGGUUCUGAUCACGAAGUAUGCGAAAAGACAGCUUGAAGCUAUGAGGAAGGAAGAGGAAGCUUUAUUGUUGCAGUAGUGACGACAACAACCUUGGAAGCUUUUGUGUCUGCCUCUUCUUCCCAACGUACAGGUUCGGUCCAAGUUGUGAAAGAACUUCGGUUUUUUGGUCUUGGUUCUUUUACUUCUUUGUCUGAUAGAGAUAUAUAUAUAUAUAAAUAUAGUGACUAAUUAACACAGAAUAUUUGAAGUUCUAACACGAUCUAAUGUUAUAUAUGUUUUGUGUUAUUUUUUCUUCUCUUUUUUGAUGUUUUGAAAAGUAUAGAUUGGAGAAAAUUGAUUAUUCUUAAAAAAUUGGUACUUCGAGCAUUUCCCAUGUAUUACUCCAUUUUCUACGAUCCAAAAUGGAAUUAAGUUUUACUCCAAUAUGUUAUUCCAUUUUCCACUCCAAAAUACAAUAUUCCUAAUAUAUUAUAUUUUAUAUUUAUUUAAAAAUUAGUAAUAUCACCUUUCAUUUAUACUAUUUGCAAAACAGUGCACUUUCAUAUUGUAACAAUUAUAUUAAAUACAAUAUUAACCACAGUUAAUUUUUUUAUUAUAUAAAUAAAAUUACUCCACAAAGGUUUAAAAAGAAAACAUUUAUUAAAACAAAUUAUGCAUUGAAAGAACUAAAGGAGGAAAACAAAAUGUUAUUCUUGGAUUUGAAUUCCGUACGAGAUCCAAAUAUCGGAGCAUAUAUUCAAGCUCAACAAGCACAAAUUUUGUAAAAUCGAAGUCUUCAACAACAAGUUCAUCAAGCUCCUCCUCCAUCUACAUCGUUUGGAUAAUAUUUUAAUAACUUUAAUGGAUCUGGAGGUGAUUUACUGGAUUAUUAAGCAAUUAUCUUUGUUGUAAGAUUUAUUUUAUGUUAUUUUUUUUGUAUGGUGCAUAUUUUUUAUUUUUUAUAUGUAUGAUCUGUUAUGUUUUA